AUGGAUCCCGUCAAGUACAUCUUCGAAAAGCCCGCUCUCAUUGGAAGGAUAGCUCGGUGGCAGGUUCUGUUGUUAGAAUUCGAUAUCGUCUACGUCACUCAGAAGGCAAUAAAAGGGAGCGCCUUGGCAGAUUAUCUAGCUCAACAAACCCUAAAUGAUUAUCAGCCUAUGCAUCCAGAACUCCCUGAUGAGGAUAUUAUGGCCUUGUUUGAGGAGGAGGUUGAAGAUGAGGACAAGGAUAAGUGGGUUGUGUGGUUCGAUGCGAAGUACGAGGCAUGCGCCCUAGGGAUCCGAGUGGUGAUCGACUUUAGGUUCAAGUUGCUCAAAGUAUAUGGGGACUCGACAUUGGUGAUUCAUCAAUUGAAAGGUGAAUGGGAGACCAGAGACCACAAGUUGGUGCCUUACCAGGCUUACAUCAGGAAAUUGACGGAACUCUUUGAUGACAUAUCAUUUCAUCACAUUCCUAGAGAGGAAAACCAGAUGGCCGAUGCCCUUGCCACUUUAUCGUCCAUGUUCUAA